CCGCCGCCGCUUCCGCUCGCCCCCUCACCCCGAGAUGGCGGCGCCCGUGGGACCGGUGAAGUUUUGGAAGCCGGGCACGGAGGGUCCUGGUGUCAGUGUCUCAGAGGAGAGACAGAGUCCUUCUGAGAGCAAUGGCAUAACUGUCAUCUAUAAUCCUUAUGCUUCCCUUUCUAUUGAGCAACAAAGACAAAAGCUGCCUGUUUUUAAGCUAAGAAAUCACAUCCUUUAUCUGGUGGAGAACUAUCAGACUCUGGUGAUUGUUGGGGAAACAGGUUGUGGGAAAUCAACACAGAUUCCACAAUACCUGGCAGAAGCUGGCUGGACAGCUGAGGGAAGAGUUGUUGGAGUGACACAACCUCGUCGGGUCGCUGCUGUUUCAGUUGCAGGCCGAGUUGCUGAUGAAAGAGGUGCAGUGUUGGGGCAUGAAGUUGGAUAUUGCAUUCGGUUUGAUGACUGCACAGAUCCACAGGCUACAAGAAUUAAGUUUCUAACUGAUGGUAUGCUGGUGAGGGAGAUGAUGGCUGAUCCUUUACUGACAAGAUACAGUGUCCUCAUGCUGGAUGAAGCCCAUGAGAGGACUCUUUAUACUGAUAUUGCCAUUGGCUUACUAAAAAAGGUUCAAAAGAAGCGUGGGGAUCUUCGACUGAUUGUGGCUUCAGCAACCUUGGAUGCAGAGAAAUUCAGGGAUUUCUUCAAUCAAAAUGAGACCGGUGACCCCAGCAAAGAUACCAGUGUGAUCCUUACUGUCGAGGGGAGAACAUUCCCAGUGGACAUCUUUUACAUACAGAGUCCUGUUCCAGACUACAUAAAGUCCACUGUGGAAACUGCAAUGAAAAUUCACCAGAUGGAGAAUGAUGGUGAUAUACUGGCAUUUUUAACUGGACAGGAGGAAGUGGAGACUGUUGUUUCUAUGCUCAUAGAACAGGCUCGGGCCCUUUCUCGCACUGGGAUGAAAAAGCACCUCCGUGUUCUUCCCAUGUAUGCUGGGCUGCCUUCUCCUGAGCAAAUGAAAGUGUUUGAGAGAGUUUCUCACAGUGUCAGGAAGGUGAUAGUAGCCACCAACAUUGCUGAGACCUCCAUCACAAUUCAUGGAAUUGCAUUUGUAAUUGACUGUGGUUUUGUGAAGCUUCGGGCCUAUAACCCCAAAACAGCCAUCGAGUGCCUCGUGGUGGUCCCUGUGUCCAAAGCUUCAGCCAACCAGAGAGCUGGGCGGGCCGGACGGAACCGCUCUGGGAAGUGUUACAGACUUUAUACAGAGGAGGAUUUUGAGAAGCUGCCCAAGUCGACGGUUCCGGAGAUGCAGCGCAGUAACCUUGCACCUGUCAUCCUCCAGCUGAAGGCUUUGGGGAUUGACAAUGUGCUCAGGUUCCCCUUCCUCUCGCCACCUCCUGCACAGUCAAUGGUGCAAGCAUUGGAGUUGCUGUAUGCUUUAGGAGGUUUGGAUAUGCACUGCCGUUUAACAGAGCCUCUUGGAAUGAGAAUAGCAGAGUUUCCUUUGAAUCCUAUGUUUGCAAAGAUGCUUCUGGAGUCAGGAAAUUUUGGCUGCUCCCAGGAGAUUUUGACAAUUGCUGCCAUGAUGCAGAUUCAGAACAUCUUUGUGAUCCCUCCAAAUCAAAAAGCUCAGGCUGCCAGGCACCACAGGAAGUUUGCUGUGGAAGAAGGUGAUCACCUCACUAUGCUUAAUGUUUAUGAAGCUUUUGUCAAACACAGCAAGAGUUCUCAGUGGUGUCAGGAACACUUUCUGAACUACAAAGGGCUUGUUAGAGCUUCUGUUGUAAGAGAGCAGCUGAAAAAGCUUCUCGUCCGCUUUAAAGUGCCAAAGAAGUCCAGUGAAGGUGAUCCAGAUCCUGUUUUGAGAUGCAUAGUGUCUGGAUUCUUUGCUAACGCAGCUAAAUUCCACUCUACUGGGGCUUACAGGACUAUUCGUGAUGACCAUGAGCUUCAUAUCCACCCCACAUCAGUGCUGUAUGCAGAGAAACCUCCCCGCUGGGUAGUGUACAAUGAAGUCAUACAGACUGCUAAAUACUACAUGAGAGAUGUGACUGCUGUGGAGUCUGCAUGGCUCUUGGAACUGGCACCUCAUUUUUACCAGCAAGGAACGGUACGGAAUCGGCAUAAAGCCCAAACGCAUCUUUCCUUGAAAGCAAAAAGGGCUAAAGUAGAUGACCAGUGAUCUGUCAUGACUUAAGUCUUGUGGCAUCAGAUGCAGAACCUACCAGUGAUUUCAAGCUGGCUACAGUCCAUUCAGCAGUUGGUUCAUUAGCAAUUUGAUCUUACAUCAACUUGAAUGUUUAAAUGCCUGCCAGGAUCUCUAGAGGUUUAUGCAUGACCAGUACAUUGUAAACCUAUUGUAGAGCUUGCAUCAUGGACAUUUUAUUCUUUGCCUACUUGACCACUGUUUUUCAUCUGGGCAUGUUACUCCUUUUAAAUAGGUAGAAAAGCAAUUUAAAAAGUAAGGGGAGACAUACAGGACCACAAAAAAAACCUGAAACCUUUGAAAAGGAACCUGAUCUCCUGGAGUGUAUGGCUGCCUUAUGAGAGUGGGGAAUAGGGUACCCUGCCUCCUGUUACCUAGAGCACUGUGACUACUACUGGCCAAACUGCCACUGACUCCUGACAGGGGGAGCUCAGGGCAAUGAACUAGCCCUUGAAAUCCAAGGUGCUGCCAUGGAAACAUUGAUUUCAUGUUGGACCAUCCCAAAUUGGUGCAGCUUGUGCUCCCAAGCAGUAGAAAUCUCCUGCCUGAGGAUGAGCUGCUCCCAGCUCUCUUUGCUGCAACAGUCCUUCUGUAGGUAGCAUUAUAUUAAAAUGUCUUGUUUCCAUGUAUGAGAGCUGCUGUUUGGGGAGAGGGAGGAAAGUUAGCUCAGUAUUUUUAAGAAGGAUUAAUUUUUGGCUCAAUCAGGGGACUAUACACCCAUUUUUGCUAACAAACAAAUCACAGAUGAGACAUGAUUUCUGUUUGGUUUGGUUUUUUUCCUAAUAAGAGGAAAGAUAUAAGCCUCUCUGCUUGGAAAUACCAGAAGAGCAGGAGUAUACUGUGGAAGACAGUUUUUUUAGCCUCUGUCAUUCAGCAAAGACUGUUCUGUAAUUUCCUCUAGGGAUCUGUUCUUUGCUGCUUGGGAAUCUGCCUCACAUGUUACUGUAAGAGAAGGGUGCUCUGAGCAGUUGCUGCUUUAAUCAGGACUCCAUGGCUUCUGCUCAGUAAGGAACUGUACAUUUUUGUGUUUUAACAAGAUAGCUUGGAUACAUGUAUUUAUUUUUUUCCAACCCUAUUGAUAUUUAUUUUAGAAAUACAUAGUUUGAAAAUUUUAUUUUUGUAAGUCAGCUGAUUUGAUGAAUGUGUUUUUGGCACGUUAACUGUAAUUUUUUUUUCUUCUUAAAACAUAGGGAUGUAAAUAGGCAAAAAUAUCUAUAUGGGACAAAUGCCUUCCUCAUCACAGGACUGCCUUGAAAACUUUCUUGAGAGCUUCUUUACCUUCUCUGUUCCAAACACCUGCAGAGAGAACGUGUUCUGUCAUGUGCAAUGUGUGGUCUCUUCAGUGUCUACAUUCUGACUGCCAGACAGCACAAAAAGAUGUACCAGUCUCCACGUAGGGCACCAGCAGCAUGACAAACUGUGUCACCUUCCUUGUUGUCUUCCCUGUGAACCUCACCUUUGUAUUUCUCUCUAAUAUUUCUCUCUUAGAGUGGAAGCUCUUCGGGGCAGGGACUGUCUCCUAGCCAGAGCUGAGUGUAUUGUUGACACUAACUAAAUGUAUUAAAUUUGCAGGGUUUCUUUUCUCUUAAAGGAUCAGAGAAAGAAAUUAAUAUGGAGACAUAAAAUGUCUGUGUCUCUCUGUUCUCUAGGAAUAUUCUUAAGAAAAAUAAAACCACUG